UGGGAAUACUGCGAGAUACUCCAUUAUGUUGGUAACAUUAACUGCGGUCAGCUUGUUGUAUGGAGGAUUGAGACUUGCAGAGAAGAAAUGGCACGUCAGCAAGGAGAAAUUGAUGAAUUAUUUGAUGUUAAAAAUGCCUUCUAUAUUGGAAAUUAUCAACAAUGUAUCAACGAAGCACAAAAAUUGAAACCUAGUACUCCAUCUCUGCAAGUAGAAAGGGAUGCAUUUCUCUACAGGGCAUACAUUGCACAAAGAAAAUAUCGAGUGGUACUUGAUGAGAUUGGUGUAACAUUAUUGCAGCCCCUUAAACUCCUGGCAGAAUAUUUUGCUACUCAACAAAAAAGAGAAGGUAUUGUCUCAAACUUGGACCAUCAAGUCUCUGGUAAUGUUGAUGUCAGCAAUCACACACUUAUAAUUGUUGCUGCUUCAAUCUAUUAUCUUGAACGGAAUUAUGAUUCGGCUUUGAGGAUUUUGAAUGAAGCUGAUCAUCUUGAAUGUUCUGCUUUGUCACUACAAAUCUACUUGAAAAUGGAUCGGGUAGAUUUGGCAUGGAAGGAACUAAAAUCAAUGCAAGAAAAGGAUGAUGAUGCAACAUUAACACAGCUUGCCCAGGCUUGGGUUAACAUUGCAAUGGGUGGAGAAAGAUUGCAAGAUGGCUAUUAUAUAUUUCAAGAGAUGAAUGACAAGCAUAGUAGUACAUCCUUGCUGCUGAAUGGGCAGGCAACAUGUUUUCUUGGGCAGGCAAAAUAUGAAGAAGCGGAGUCUUCCCUUCAAGAAUCUCUGGAUAAAGACAGUAACAAUCCAGACACACUUAUCAAUAUGAUAGUACUCUCUCAGCAUACAGGAAAACCACCAGAGGUUGCAAACAGAUACUUAAGUCAACUGAAGGACUCGCAUCAUGAUCACCCAUUCAUAAAGGAUUAUCUUCAGAAGGAAUUAGAGUUUGAUCGGUUGGUAAAGCAGUAUGCACCUGCUGCCUCAGUAUAAUACUGAAGAAUACAACUGUGUGGUACUGAAUAAAAUAAAAGGCAUAUAUAUAUAUAUGUAUGUAUAAAUUACAGAUAAGUUAACAUUCCUAUAAUAAAGUUUAUGGGCAGAUGAUACAGUACUGGAUUUAAAUUGAAUUUUGUUUUCUUAAAAACUAUAUUAACUAUACUGUUUAAUAAAUAAUCUGCAAAGUUUCAAAUAGAGAAUGGCUUUCAUCAAAUGUGGUUUGAACAUUAUGCCUUUGAAAGUACUCUGAACUCAUACAAUAUCACUGCGAAAGAAGAAUCUUAUUAUGUUACAACAUAGUGAAAUUCUUGCAAAAUAAGGGAUCUCUGGAGGGGUAAUGGAUCUGAACACUUAUGCUGAUGAAAAUCUUAAAUGGAGGAGUAGUUUGAACUGAGGUUGGUAUUGAAGGUAGAGACAUUUAAUGUUAAAUUAAGGAAAAUACAAUACUUAAUUGGA